UUGUAACAUCCAAACCCUCUGUGGUUACCACGACUACUGAAAUUAUUGUAACAGAAACUGAGGGAACCACAACCAAACCUGCAGAAACAACAACAUCAGCAGGAACAACAGUAAAGGUGGCAACGACAACACCACCUAAAGAAGUCACCACUGGCCCAGUUACAACCUCUACCACAGCUGUUGUUGAGACUACAACAACUUCGCCAGAAAUUGAGGGAACCACAACCAAACCUGCAGAAACAACAACAUCAGCAGGAACAACAGUAAAGGUGGCAACGACAACACCACCUAAAGAAGUCAACACUGGACCAGUAACAACCUCUACCACAGCUGUUGUUGAGACUACAACAACUUCGCCAGGUGUUACAACAGAAAGGCCUGAAACUACAGUUGUAACAUCCAAACCCUCUCUGGUCACCACAACUACUGAAAUUACUGUAACAGAAACUGAGGGAACCACAACAAAACCUGCAGAAACAACAACAUCAGCAGGAACAACAGUAAAGUUUUCAACGACAACACUACCUAAAGAAGUCACCACUGGACCAUUUACAACCUCUACCAAAGCUCUUGUUGAAACUACGACCUCAGUUUUAGGUGCCACAACAACUAUUAUAGUCACAGGAAAGCCACAAACAUCAACAAUAAUUACACAACCUUUUAUUUUCAACACAACUGUUGUGGCUUCAACUAUAACUACAGGAGUAACAGCUAAAGCUACAACUUCCAUUGGCCCAAUAACACCAGAAGGGACCAGAACUGUUUAUACUACUGGGCAAGCCGAAACCACAGUUCUUUCCACACCAUCACGUUUAACAACAACAACAACUUCAUGUGUUUGCAUCGUCAAUGGGACAUCACACCAGCCUGGGGACUUGGUGUACAAUGUCACUGAUGGCUUAGACUGGUGCUACGUUGCAUAUUGCAAUGCAUCUUGUAAAGUUGAGAUCCAAUCCUCUUCAUGUACCACUACACCAAUACCCAGCACAACCGCACAGUCUACCACUUCUUUGUUUGGCACCACUACAAAGGCAACAAUUGCUUCCACCACAUCUAUUACUAUCCCUUCAUCCACUCCCUCAACGACCCCAGUGGACUGCAAUGAUGAGUAUCCACCAAGAAAGAAUGGAGAGUCAUGGAUGCUCAGCAACUGCACCACAGCUACCUGCAACUAUGGCACAAUCACAAAGACACCUACUAAAUGUCCCACAGCACAACAGCCCAUAUGCGUCAAUGGACGCCAAGCUUACAAAGUCUACGAUGAUAACGGGUGCUGCUUCCACCAUGAAUGUGAAUGUGUAUGCAGUAUCUUGGCUCAAAACCACUACAUAACUUUCGAUGGAGAAUUAUUCAAUUUCAAGGAGAACUGCUCUUACUACCUGGUCAAAGAAAUGAUUACGAGAUAUAACCUGACUAUUAUUGUAAACAACCAUGACUGUGAGCCUUCAGAUGUCACAUUCUGUCCCCAGACUCUCACUAUAACCUACCGAUCCUACACAGUUGUUUUGUCUCAGUUGAAGAUUGGAGGAAUAGCAACUAAUGCGGUGUAUGUGAAUCAGAAACGUACAUUUCCCGCCUUCAGAAAUUCUGUUCUAUACAUCACUAGCACAGAUAUGGUGAUAACAUUGGAGAUACCAGAGCUCAACACAGAAGUGGUCUAUACGGGUUCCUCAAUCAGUAUUGACCUACCUUACACCCUCUUUGGCGGGAACACUGAGGGACAGUGCGGGACCUGUGAUAACUCACAGAACAAUGACUGUCGCUCUCCAAACGGCCAGGUGGAAAGCUGCUCAGACUCCGCAGGCCAGUGGCUUGUCCCAGGCACACCGUGUGUUAUCCCCACAACCCCAUCUACAACGACAAAACCCACAACCACCUCAAAACCAGCAACCACAACGCAGCCCCCUUGCAAACCUGCUAUUUGUAAUAUCCUAACAAGCAGCGUUUUCAAGGCAUGCCACACAGUCAUACCUCCGGGACCAUUUGUGAAAUACUGUGUGUCUGACAAUUGCAACAGUGACAAUAACACCUGCACCAGCCUGGAGGCCUAUGCCACUGAGUGCUCUAAUGAAGGAGUCUGUAUCGACUGGAGGAAUGCGACCAAUGGGCGCUGUGAGCACAGGUGUCCAAAAAACAAAGUGUACAAGGCCUGUGGGACCAGCGUAGAGCCUACAUGCAAUGACAGAUACAACAAGAAGUUCGAGACAGGUAGUGAAGCAUCCACUAACAACACCAAAGAGGGCUGCUUCUGUCCUACUGGCACCGUCUUAUUCAACCCUGUCUAUGACACAUGUGUUGCCUCCUGUGAUUGUGUUGGACCUGAUGGUAGACCCAAAGAGCCUGGUGAUACAUGGAUAAGUGGCUGCAACAUAUGUGAGUGUGACAACGAUUCCAUGAGCAUCCAGUGUGAGCCUGCCACCUGCCCCACAGUGCAGAGCCCUGUCUGCAGCGGGCCGGGUCAGCAGCUGGUCAACAAAACAGAAGGCUGCUGCACAACACAGUCCUGCGAGUGCAAUGUAAACCUGUGUCCACAACCAAUCACCUGCCCAGUGGGCUUCCAACGCAACGAUACCAGCGGCACCUGCUGCCAGUCCUACGAGUGUGUUCCUAAAGGUGUAUGUGUCUAUGACAUGAAUGAGUACAAGGUAAGUCCAAACCCCAUAUACCAAUAUAGCUACUACAUCAUUGUAAACAACAACAGAAACAACACCAGAACCACCAUUAGAACCGCCAUCAACAUCACCACCAACAACAACAGAACAACCACCUGGAACAACAGCACCAUCAGGAGCAGGACAACCUUCAGGAACAACAACAGCACCAUCAGGAGCAGGACAACCUUCAGGAACAACAACAGCACCAUCUGGAGCAGGACAACCUUCAGGAACCACAACCUCCCCAGCAGGAGCAGGACAACCUUCAGGAACAACAACCUCCCCAUCUGGAGCAGGACAACCUUCAGGAACAACAACAGCACCAUCAGGAGCAGGACAACCUCCAGGAACCACAACCUCCCCAUCAGGAGCAGGACAACCUUCAGGAACCACAACCUCCCCAUCAGGAGCAGGACAACCUUCAGGAACAACAACCUCCCCAUCAGGAGCAGGACAACCUUCAGGAACCACAACCUCCCCAUCAGGAGCAGGACAACCUUCAGGAACAACAACCUCCCCAUCAGGAGCAGGACAACCUUCAGGAACAACAACCUCCCCAUCAGGAGCAGGACAACCUUCAGGAACAACAACCUCCCCAUCAGGAGCAGGACAACCUUCAGGAACCACAACCUCCCCAUCAGGAGCAGGACAACCUUCAGGAACAACAACCUCCCCAUCUGGAGCAGGACAACCUUCAGGAACAACAACCUCCCCAUCAGGAGCAGGACAACCUUCAGGAACAACAACCUCCCCAUCAGGAGCAGGACAACCUUCAGGAACCACAACCUCCCCAUCAGGAGCAGGACAACCUUCAGGAACAACAACCUCCCCAUCAGGAGCAGGACAACCUUCAGGAACAACAACCUCCCCAUCAGGAGCAGGACAACCUUCAGGAACCACAACCUCCCCAUCAGGAGCAGGACAACCUUCAGGAACAACAACCUCCCCAUCUGGAGCAGGACAACCUUCAGGAACAACAACCUCCCCAUCUGGAGCAGGACAACCUUCAGGAACAACAACAGCACCAUCAGGAGCAGGACAACCUUCAGGAACAACAACCUCCCCAUCUGGAGCAGGACAACCUUCAGGAACAACAACAGCACCAUCAGGAGCAGGACAACCUUCAGGAACAACAACCUCCCCAUCAGGAGCAGGACAACCUUCAGGAACCACAACCUCCCCAUCAGGAGCAGGACAACCUUCAGGAACCACAACCUCCCCAUCGGGAGCAGGACAACCUUCAGGAACAACAACAGCACCAUCAGGAGCAGGACAACCUUCAGGAACAACAACAGCACCAUCAGGAGCAGGACAACCUCCAGGAACCACAACAGCACCAUCAGGAGUAGGACAACCUUCAGGAACAACAACCUCCCCAUCAGGAGCAGGACAACCUUCAGGAACAACAACAGCACCAUCAGGAGCAGGACAACCUUCAGGAACAACAACCUCCCCAUCAGGAGCAGGACAACCUUCAGGAACCACAACCUCCCCAUCAGGAGCAGGACAACCUUCAGGAACCACAACCUCCCCAUCGGGAGCAGGACAACCUUCAGGAACAACAACAGCACCAUCAGGAGCAGGACAACCUUCAGGAACAACAACAGCACCAUCAGGAGCAGGACAACCUCCAGGAACCACAACAGCACCAUCAGGAGCAGGACAACCUUCAGGAACAACAACAGCACCAUCAGGAGCAGGACAACCUUCAGGAACAACAACCUCCCCAUCAGGAGCAGGACAACCUUCAGGAACCACAACAGCACCAUCAGGAGUAGGACAACCUUCAGGAACAACAACAGCACCAUCAGGAGCAGGACAACCUUCAGGAACAACAACCUCCCCAUCAGGAGCAGGACAACCUUCAGGAACAACAACAGCACCAUCAGGAGCAGGACAACCUUCAGGAACAACAACAGCACCAUCAGGAGCAGGACAACCUUCAGGAACAACAACCUCCCCAUCUGGAGCAGGACAACCUUCAGGAACAACAACCUCCCCAUCUGGAGCAGGACAACCUUCAGGAACCACAACCUCCCCACCAGGAGCAGGACAACCUUCAGGAACAACAACAGCACCAUCUGGAGCAGGACAACCUUCAGGAACAACAACAGCACCAUCAGGAGCAGGACAACCUUCAGGAACCACAACCUCCCCACCAGGAGACAACCUUCAGGAACAACAACAACAGCACCAUCAGGAGCAGGACAACCUUCAGGAACAACAACCUCCCCAUCUGGAGCAGGACAACCUUCAGGAACAACAACCUCCCCAUCAGGAGCAGGACAACCUUCAGGAACCACAACCUCCCCAUCAGGAGCAGGACAACCUUCAGGAACAACAACCUCCCCAUCAGGAGCAGGACGACCUUCAGGAACCACAACCUCCCUAUCGGGAGCAGGACAACCUUCAGGAACAACAACAGCACCAUCAGGAGCAGGACAACCUUCAGGAACAACAACAGUACCAUCAGGAGCAGGACAACCUUCAGGAACCACAACCUCCCUAUCGGGAGCAGGACAACCUUCAGGAACAACAACAGCACCAUCAGGAGCAGGACAACCUUCAGGAACAACAACAGUACCAUCAGGAGCAGGACAACCUUCAGGAACCACAACCUCCCUAUCGGGAGCAGGACAACCUUCAGGAACAACAACAGCACCAUCAGGAGCAGGACAACCUUCAGGAACAACAACAGCACCAUCAGGAACAUCGGGACCUUUCACACCAAAACCUUGCCAGGAGUGUUUCUGUGGCCCCAAAAUGGAUCCCAUCACUAGGUUGAACAUCGUUAACUGCAGACCUGUUGUUUGCAACACAAAAUGCUCCAAAGGUUAUGAAUAUCAGACCGUAGAUGGAAAGUGCUGCGGGAAAUGUGUUCAGAAAAGCUGCAUUUUCACCACACAAGACAACACAACACAUAUCCUUGAGGUCAACAACACCUUUAUUCCCACGAAUGACAAGUGUGUGAAAUAUACCUGUGAGAAGAUGAAUGGACCUCUUGUUAUCAAGGAGACCAAGACCACCUGUUCUCCCUUUAACCCCUUGGACUGUGAACCUGGCACUGAGACUACUGACACUACUGGAUGCUGCAAAACCUGCAAGCGGAAGAGCGUCUGUGAGAUGAAGAGUAACCUAACAGUCAUGGAAGUUAACGGCUGCAAGAGUGCGCAGCCGCUCAACAUUACAUCCUGCGUUGGACUCUGUGGAAGCUCGUCUAAAUAUUCUGCGGCAGCUAACAAGAUGAUGCACCAGUGUGAGUGUUGCCAAGAGGCGAGCGUCAGUAAGAAGAGUGUGGAGCUGACUUGUGCUGAUGGCUCAAAGGUGAACCACAGCUACACUGCAGUGGAUACGUGCAGCUGCAGAAAAGCAGACUGUGUGCCUGGGACCACGUCAGAAUCAUUUCGCCGCAGGAGACGCUGAUCAGUCCCUGACACUGCUGUCCACCCCACAGAAACCUUAGAAACACUGAGCAACAAUUAACCGUCGAUUUUCUUAUUCUAGUCAGGUUUAUUAUUUAUAGCUCAAAAUGUGCUCUUUUCCAUUGUCUACUGGGAUGUAAACUUUCUUGGAUGAUUAUUAAUAAAAUGAUACUUCUGCAAUUUGAA